AUGGCUACCCCUAGUGUCCUCGCCUUUGACGCUGAGGGUCGGGCCAUUGACUUUGACGUUUGGGUAGAUGACCUGCAGCUUUUCCUACAGUGCGAUAGGGCAGACGGUCUCUCCCUCUUUGACCUCAACUCUGGUGCCUCUCCUGCUCCUGCUGCUGAUGCUGACGCCACUGUUCGCUCACAGUGGGCCACGCGCGAUGCUGCUGCACGUAUUGCUGUGCGUCGCCACCUCCCUACCUGUGAGCGUGCGCACUUUAGUCAGUACAAGAGUGCUCAGACCUUGUACGACGCUGUAGUUGCACGCUACUCCUCCCCUGCCACCGCUGCACUGAGCCGUCUCAUGCUACCGUACCUCUUCCCUGACCUUGCUGCCUUUCCUACAGUCGCUGACCUCAUUACGCACCUCCGCACUAGUGACACUCGCUACCGCGCUGCGCUUCCUGCUCAGUUCUGCGCCAAGAACCCUCCCCCCAUGUAUAUCACCCUCUACUACAUAGUCACCCGGCUCCUUGACUCCCUUCGCUUAUUCAGGGACCACUUCCUCGCAGUGUGCACCACCACUCUCACCGUUGACCUCCUCCAGAAGGCCCUCCUAGCAGCGGAGAAGAGCAUAGUCGCUGUAGGCGCCUCUCGUGGUGACCCCCGCACCCCUGUCUUUGAAGGGUGUUCUCCCUCCCCCCUCUUGCCCGCAUUGGCAUGGUAG